GCCGGCGGUCCGCACCAGGCCGGGACCACUCGCAGGGCACCCGGGACCGGCAGCCUCCCGAAGACCGGCUGCGGCUCCCGAAUUUACUGCUCUCGCGAGAUUUUCGGAGAUCCGGCCGCGAAGCCCGCCUACGCGGUUGCCAAGGCAACUGGGCGGUGCCAGCGCGAGCGGGAAGGAGGCGUCUGUCGAGUUUCUGUGUGCUGGCCUCGGAGACUUCAGGAGUGGCCAUCCCUGAACUUCCAGCCCCUGAGACCACGGCCUCCGCUGCAGGCAGUGCCUCUGCCGCUGGAGGCCAUGGGCCGGAUCUCAGGACUCGUGCCUUCUCGCUUCCUGACGCUCCUGGCGCAUCUGGUGGUCGUCAUCACCUUAUUCUGGUCCCGGGACAGCAACAUCCAGGCCUGCCUGCCUCUCACGUUCACCCCCGAGGAAUAUGAGAAGCAGGACAUUCAGCUGGUGGCCGCGCUCUCUGUCACCCUGGGCCUCUUUGCAGUGGAGCUGGCCGGUUUCUUCUCAGGAGUUUCCAUGUUCAACAGCACCCAGAGCCUCAUCUCCAUUGGAGCUCACUGUAGUGCAUCUGUGGCCCUCUCCUUUUUCAUAUUCGAGCGUUGGGAGUGCACUACAUACUGGUACAUUUUUGUCUUCUGCAGUGCCCUCCCAGCUGUCACCGAAAUGGCAUUAUUCAUCAGCGUUUUGGGGCUGAAAAAGAAACCUUUCUGACCACCUUUAUGACGGGAACGUACAGAUGAAGGCUGGAGGAGCGAGGGACCAUUCACCGUUCCUGGAAGAAGGCUUCCGCGCUGCGACUGAAACUAUUUGGUGGAAGAUGUCAGCGUUAGUAGUGUUAGGGUAAUUUUCUCUCGCGUCUAGGAUUAUCAACGUUUUAUUUAGCCCUUUGUAAUAAAAUAUAUUUUAGAGUAAGAUCAAGACUUGUAAAAAUUUCAGGGGAGGAUCGGGGUGGCCAAACUACUGGAGAAACGGAAGGUUGUUUUCCAGCUUUGCAAACUGUAAGGUAAGUAUCGCUUUUAUUUUGGUUAUUACGGUAGCUGUCUGGCGAAGGGAGUGGGCGGAGAUAUGUAAAUAAGCGGCUCCUACGGCUAGGACUCCAAGCUCGUGAGUGAGUGGAGCAUUCUGGGAGGAAUUAAUUUAUCCCUUUUGGUAGCCAAAUGGAAACAAAUAUAUUUUAGCUGAUCUGCAAAUAAAUGUCGCAACAUAAGUGGAGGAACCUAAAUAACCAUUUGCUCAGGCUAACGCGUUAUAUACUCGCCCUAGCUGUUAGUGGAAUCUUUUUCACUGAGUACGGGAUGCAUUGACAAUGCUAGAUAUCGUCAGGUAGGAUAAUCCUUACCUGUUUCCCCUUUAGGGGAGCAGAUUGGAAAAUGAUGAUUGGAGUGCGCAUGAUUCGUGAUUAGCGUCUCUGCGUAAUCAGGACUUGCAACACCCUGAUUGCUCCUGUCUGAUUCUUCCUGACGAUCGUACUUCUUUAUGCUGUUUUUCUGUUGAGAGUCAGAGUUGUAGUUUUUCGCUAGCAACCACAUGCUGGUUAGUGGUGACCGCGCGGGUUAUGUUGAUAGUGUGGUUGUCAUUUCGAACUUUUGUGUUAGUGAUAGCUACCUGGGUUUGAAGUCUUCUGAUACUUAAUGAUGAAGCAGGGUUGGAUAUCUUAAUAGAGAUGGGUUCUUUCUAGUAAGUCAGAUUUGCCAGUAGGUUUUGUUUCUGAGAGUGUCGUCGCUAAGCGUCUAGUCUUGUGUGUGGUUUUAAACUCUGUAGUUGUAAUGUCUAUUGGUUUUCUGUUUUCAAAGCUUAAAUGAGCAGAGCAUGUUUGUGUGUGUCUGAUUUCCUAUAAAAUGAUCAUUCAUGCCGGUUGUA